GGUCAAUCAACCGACGUUGCGUUUCAGCCACCUCCUCACCCAAGAAAAAGGUCCCCGCGCGCGCCAAUUGUGUUUUGAAAGGACUCAACCCUUUCAACCCUAGCCCCCCCUUUGCAAGGCGACGACCAAACCGACUCAUUGCUGCGAAUCGACGCAGAUCACACUCUCUCUCCUCUUCGUAGGAUAUACACACACCAGUGGCCAACUGACCGAGGCCACACGACAUCGCCAAUCCUGGCACUCACUGGACUUCCAAGACCAUGCUCUUCUCUACUGCCCUCCUCCUCUCUUCCCUCGUCUCGCUCCUCCCUUCCAUCUCUGCUCGACCUCAACCUUUCCGCGCACAAGUUCAACAACCCGCCACUCGAAAUCACAAUGAGACAUUGUCUGAACGCGCUUUUGAUGGCAUGCGAGCGACCUACUACGCUGUAGGAUUGGGAGCCUGUGGAUGGUACAACCAACCCUCAGAUUACAUUGUCGCACUCAAUUCAGAUCAAUAUGGAGGUGGAUACCCUGGACCACAAUGUGGAAAGAUGAUCACCAUCUCGUACAAUGGAAAUACUGCCGUCGCUCAGAUCGCAGACGAAUGCCCGUCUUGCCCUUAUGGAGGUCUCGAUCUCAGUCAGGGACUGUUCGAACACUUUGCCGACACUUCCGUGGGAGUGAUCUAUGUUGAUUGGUGGUACAACGAUGGUUCAGGUGGUGGUGGUGGUGGAAACCAACCUUCUCCCUCUCCUUCACCUUCACCAACGCCUACACCUACAACUACCUGGCAAGCGCCGCCCACUACCACCUCGACUUGGCAAGCACCAACCACUACAUCGACCUACUCUCCACCUCCUCCUCCUUCAUCUUCCUCUUCAACCACACCAACAACCACCUCCACCUCUUCUACGACACCUUCGACUUCUACCACGUCGACCACUAGCUCGUCCGCUUCCACUCUCACUUCAUCCGCUUCUCACUCUGGAUCUACCCUUUCCGUCAAUGCCUUGGGCAUCUCGACGAACGGGACAGUUCUCCCUGCUGCCGCCACUAUGACUGUUAACGGUACUUCACCAGAGGACAGCAAUACCGCCACAACCCUUGGAAACCUCUUGGUCUUCAACGAAGUCGUCGCGAGAUUAGGCAACCUCAUCGUUGCCGGCGCCGAAUACAAGUAGGGUGGCCUGCUUUGAAUUUCGCAACCUCGUGACUCCUUUUUGGGCCUUUUUUUUUUCUCCCCCCUUACGACCCCCAUUUUAUUGUUUUAAAUAUGGACAAUCCUUCUUCUGCUCAUGGCUCUUUUGGGAAGACUGCCCAAGUCACUACCAUUGACCCGUGGCCGAUAAAAGGCAUUCAACCUCCCACGAAUGAAGGAGAAACAUAUUCUCACGCUACGCGGCUUGGCCUCCGUCGGCUCGACUGCCGGCUAAUGGACUCCAAGCCCAAAUCCUUAUAAUCUGUAUCAUCUAGUAUAAUUCCGAGCCCUCUGCACUCUGAGCAAGGCGUCACAUUCACUUGUCAUCCUCACCGCCAAGAGGCAAGGGUUCAUCCUACUCGAUAGUCUUUGAACGGUGGGGAUUGUAUCAAACUUUGUUCUGAUACCCUGUACCUGUAC